AUGCUAAAACUCAUUAUCCCCACAAUCAUGCUUAUCCCCACUACAUGAUAUUCUAGCAAUAAAAUAAUUUGAAUUAACUCGACAACUCACAGCCUACUGAUUAGCCUCAUCACCCUUCUUUUCUUAAACCACAAUGACGAAAACAGCAUAAUCACAUCACUAAGUUUCUUCUCAGACCCCCUCUCAUCCCCCCUUUUAAUAUUAACAACCUGACUUCCUCCCUUAAUAAUCAUAGCAAGCCAACAUCACCUCUCCAAAGAAACACACACCCGAAAAAAACUAUAUAUCACUAUAUUAGUUUUACUACAACUAUUCCUAAUCAUAACGUUUGCUGCCACAGAACUAAUAAUAUUUUACAUUAUAUUUGAAGCAACACUAAUCCCAACCUUAAUUAUCAUCACCCGAUGAGGCAACCAACCAGAACGACUGAAUGCAGGACUCUACUUCUUAUUUUACACUCUCUUCGGCUCCAUACCACUAUUAAUUGCACUAACCUACAUCCAUAACUCCACCGGUUCCCUAAACCUACUACUGUUGCCACACUGGACCCAAAUGUCACCACCCCUAUGGUCUAGUACCCUCCUAUGAACAGCAUGCAUGACCGCAUUUAUAGUAAAAAUACCACUCUACGGACUUCACCUCUGACUACCAAAAGCACACGUAGAAGCUCCAAUCGCCGGAUCCAUAGUUCUCGCAGCCAUCCUUCUAAAACUAGGAGGGUAUGGGAUAAUACGAAUCACCAUUAUUCUAAACCCCCCUACAACCCCCAUGACUUACCCCUUCCUCAUUCUCUCCUUAUGAGGAAUAAUUAUAACAAGCUCUAUCUGCCUACGCCAAACAGACUUAAAAUCUCUCAUCGCAUAUUCAUCCGUCAGCCACAUAGCCCUAGUGAUCGUAGCCAUUCUAAUCCAAACACCAUGAGGAUUUACAGGGGCUAUAACCCUUAUAAUUGCCCACGGACUCACAUCAUCCUUACUCUUCUGCCUUGCAAACUCCAACUACGAACGCGUCCACAACCGAACAAUAAUCCUGGCCCGUGGACUGCAAGUACUCCUUCCCCUGAUAACGACGUGAUGACUACUAGCCUCCCUAGCCAAUCUAGCCCUCCCACCAACUAUCAACCUAAUCGGGGAAUUAUUCGUAAUAAUAACAGCAUUCUCCUGAUCAAACAUUACAAUUAUUCUCACAGGACUCAACAUACUAAUCACAGCCUUAUACACCCUAUUCAUACUAACCACAACACAACGAGGCACUCUUACACACCAUAUUAAUAGCAUCAAACCAACUUUCACACGGGAAAACUCCUUAAUACUUAUACAUAUUAUUCCACUUCUACUUCUCUCUCUUAACCCCAAAACAACCCUGGGACUCUUUCACU